GCGUGUUGUAUCUCUUUUCCACCGUAUUCCUUCCACCAAUCCAGAAGACACUAUACCGGUGCAUGCAUUCACGCGGUAGACACUGAACCGAACGGGUCGAACGUUGUAACGGUAGUGUAAGGAUUGUGCGAGGAUAGGAAGUGGCGAUAAGAUAGAUCGUUGAAAGAGAUGUUGUGCUGACAAUGACGCGACGACGACGACCACCCAGACCAGAUUCACCGUGGAUCUACCUGCUCACCUGGUUGCUUUGGAUCGUCCUGCCUGUUGGAACCGGAGUGGUGCACAGCUAUGCGGAUAAACAGAGGUACGAUGGAUGGUACAACAAUCUGGCUCAUCCGGAUUGGGGAUCGAUCGACAGCAGGCUGAUACGAAAGAUGCCAGCAGCGUAUUCCGAUGGAGUCUAUAUGCUUGCUGGCCAGGAUAGGCCUUCUCCAAGGAAGCUUAGUCAAUUGUUCAUGCAGGGUGACGAUGGUCUACCAUCUGUGAAGAACAGAACAGCUUUAUUCGCCUUUUUUGGGCAACUGGUCACGUCGGAGAUAAUCAUGGCCAGCGAAAGUGGCUGCCCCAUAGAGUACCAUCGAAUCGACGUGGACAAAUGCGAUCCGGUUUUCGACAAGGAGUGCCAAGGUAACAAGUACAUUCCCUUCCGUCGGGCGGAUUACGAUCGUCGAACUGGACGCAGCCCUAAUAGCCCUCGUGAACAGAUAAACAAAGUUACGAGCUGGAUCGACGGUAGCUUCAUUUAUUCGAGCAGCGAAGCAUGGGCGAACACGAUGAGAUCCUUCAAAAACGGCAGCCUCCUCAUGGAACCCACCAGGAAGUUUCCUGUGAGAAACACCAUGCGUGCACCGCUUUUCAAUCAUGCUGUUCCACACGUUAUGAGAAUGCUCAGUCCAGAACGUCUUUAUCUUCUCGGAGAUCCACGAACGAAUCAGCAUCCACCGUUGUUGGCUCUUGGGAUACUGUUUUAUCGCUGGCACAAUGUUGUCGCUGCUAGAAUACAACAGGAUAAUCCGAGCAUGUCCGAUGAAGAUAUUUUUCAGAAAGCGAGGAGAACUGUUAUAGGAACGCUUCAGGAGAUUUUAACUAACAGCACAAUCGAGGAGCUUCUCAUGGGCAUGACCUCUCAAAUAGCAGAAAAAGAGGACAAUCUUCUCGGUACCGAUAUCAGGAAUAAUUUAUUCGGACCUAUGGAAUUCUCACGCAGAGAUUUAGGCGCUCUGAACAUCAUGAGAGGUAGAGAUAAUGGCCUUCCUGACUACAACACUGCCAGAGCGCAUCUUAAGCUACCUCGUAGGAAAACUUGGAACGAAAUCAAUCCAGAAUCGUUUAACAAAAAUCCCUCGCUGUUACGUACAUUGGUAGAGAUUCAUUCGAAUAACUUGAACAACGUUGACGUUUACGUUGGUGGAAUGCUAGAGUCUAGUGCUGGUCCAGGAGAACUCUUCUCUGCGGUGAUCAAAGAACAAUUUCUUCGUUUGAGGGAUUCUGAUAGAUUCUGGUUCGAAAACGAGGAGAAUGGAAUCUUUACAAAAAGCGAGAUAGAAGAGAUUCGUCGCGUCACCUUAUGGGACGUGAUAGUUAACGCGACAGGAAUACCAUCUGACUCGAUUCAGAAGAAAGUGUUCACCUGGGUGGAGGGGGAUCCCUGUCCCCAGCCUUAUCAGUUAAACUCAACUAUGCUGGAGCCUUGCGUUCCCCUGCAACGUUACGACUACUUCGAGGGAAGCGAGUUGGUGUACAUAUAUGCCUGCGUUUUUCUUGGUUUCGUGCCGAUUCUUUGCGCUGGCGCCGGUUAUGGUCUGGUCAAACUUCAAAAUCGACGAAGAAGACGAUUGAAGAUUCUGCAAGAGGCGAUACAGAAGAAAAACGAUGGAAAGAUCUGCGUGGACAAGAUGAUCGUGCGCGAAUGGCUGCACGCGAAUCAUCGUCGGCUGGUCAAGGUGAAAUUCGGUCCGGAAGCGGCUCUGCACAUCGUCGACCGCAAGGGAGAGAAAUUGCGCACGUUCGACUUCAACGAUGUGAACACGGUCACGAUGGAGGAGUCUCAGGAGAACGAGAAUGGUCAUCGUAAGGCGUUGGUGCUGCUGCGGAUACCGCGGGACUACGACCUUGUCCUUGAACUGGAUUCGCUGGCCUCGCGUAGAAAGUUCAUUGCGAAACUGGAGGCAUUUCUGGCGGCCCAUAAGAAGCACUUCACGUUGUCCCAAGUGAGCCGGGACAUUAUGCUUGCAAAAGCGGAAACGAAGGAACGCCGCCAGAAAAAACUCGAACAGUUUUUUAGGGAAGCUUACGCUUUGACGUUUGGUCUGAGACCCGGUGAAAGGCGACGACGAUCCGAGGACAGCGACAGCGGUGAAGUAGUUACCGUGAUGAGGACGUCGCUUUCUAAAAGCGAGUUCGCGAGCGCGCUCGGAAUGCGGGCGGACGCGGUCUUCGUGAAGAAAAUGUUUAAUAUCGUCGAUAAGGACAGGGACGGACGUAUUUCGUUCCAGGAAUUUUUAGACACCGUUCUGUUAUUCUCAAGAGGAAAAACCGAGGAUAAACUCAGAAUUAUUUUCGACAUGUGUGACAAGGAUAGUAACGGUGUGAUCGACAAGGAAGAGCUGUCAGAGAUGCUCAGAUCUUUGGUAGAAAUUGCAAGAACAACCAGUUUAUCGGACGAUCAUGUCACCGAAUUGAUCGACGGAAUGUUCCAAGACGCUGGUCUUGAGAGGAAGGAUUACCUCACGUAUAACGAUUUCAAGCUAAUGAUGAAAGAGUACAAAGGCGAUUUCGUGGCGAUCGGUCUCGAUUGCAAAGGCGCCAAGCAAAAUUUCCUCGACACGUCAACGAACGUAGCUCGCAUGACGAGUUUCCAUAUCGAUCAGCUUCCGCCUGAGGACUCAAAGAGCUGGGUGCGGAAACAGUGGGAUGCAGUUUCGACAUUUCUCGAAGAAAACCGACAGAACAUAUUUUAUCUGUUCGUUUUUUAUGUCACAACAAUUGCACUGUUCGUCGAGAGAUUUAUAUAUUACUCAUUCAUGGCUGAGCACACGGAUUUGAGACACAUUAUGGGAGUUGGAAUUGCUAUAACUAGAGGAUCAGCGGCAGCUUUGUCUUUUUGUUAUAGUCUGCUGCUUUUGACCAUGUCUAGGAAUCUCUUGACUAAACUCAAAGAGUUUUCUAUUCAACAAUACAUCCCUCUGGAUUCACAUAUACAAUUUCACAAAAUUGCUGCUUGUACUGCGUUGUUUUUCUCUGUUUUACACACGGUGGGACAUAUGGUCAACUUUUACCACGUUUCUACUCAGCCACUGGCUCAUCUGCGAUGUCUCACUAGCGAACUUAGUUUCCCUAGUGAUGCACGUUUGACUAUAUCUUUCUGGCUCUUUAGAACAGUGACAGGUUUAACUGGAAUAUUGCUAUUCAUUGUGAUGACAAUAAUCUUCGUCUUCGCUCAUCCGACUAUUCGCCAAAAGGCGUACAAAUUUUUUUGGUCCACGCACAGUUUGUACGUAGUACUGUACGCACUGUGUUUAAUUCAUGGCUUGGCACGUUUGACUGGUUCUCCGCGAUUCUGGAUCUUCUUCGUUGGUCCUGCCAUCAUUUAUUCCCUUGAUAAGGUAGUGAGUCUCAGAACCAAAUACAUGGCACUGGACAUCAUCGAGACAGAACUGUUACCAUCAGACGUGAUUAAAAUCAAAUUCUACCGUCCGCCAAAUUUGAAAUAUUUGUCUGGACAAUGGGUUCGUCUGUCGUGCACCGCGUUUAGGUCGAACGAGUUUCAUUCGUUCACCCUGACGUCAGCACCGCACGAAAACUUCCUGUCGUGCCACAUCAAAGCACAGGGACCGUGGACGUGGAAGCUACGCAACUACUUUGAUCCCUGUAAUUAUAACCCGGAGGACGAGCACCCGAAAAUAAGAAUAGAGGGACCGUUUGGUGGUGGCAAUCAAGACUGGUACAAGUUCGAGGUCGCUGUAAUGGUUGGCGGUGGCAUUGGCGUCACUCCCUACGCCUCCAUGUUAAAUGACCUGGUGUUCGGAACCUCUACGAACAGAUACUCUGGGGUCGCUUGUAAGAAGGUUUACUUCCUGUGGAUCUGUCCGUCGCACAAGCAUUUCGAGUGGUUCAUCGACGUGCUCAGAGACGUCGAGAGGAAGGACGUCACGGACGUGUUAGAAAUUCACAUAUUUAUUACGCAAUUCUUUCACAAGUUCGAUUUACGUACUACCAUGUUGUAUAUUUGCGAGAACCACUUCCAGAGGCUAUCGAAGAAAAGCAUAUUCACCGGGCUGAAAGCGAUCAAUCACUUUGGCCGGCCCGAUAUGACUUCGUUUUUAAAGUUUGUUCAGAAGAAACAUAGCUAUGUUAGCAAAAUAGGAGUAUUUAGCUGUGGACCACGUCCCCUAACGAAAAGCGUGAUGUCAUCCUGCGACGAGGUGAACAAGGGUCGUCGUUUACCCUACUUCAUUCACCACUUCGAGAACUUCGGCUAG